AAAAACACACAGCAAGCAAGGAAACAAUCGCAAGCACGACACUCCAGUCGUCGUUCCUAAUCAAUCAUGGCGGGAGCUCUUGCCGCGCCGGUGGAAUUCGUACCGGAUCAGAUGAUGCUGAGCCCGGAGCUGUUGCAGGUGCUGACCGCCGGCAACGCCGCCCGCUUGAUGGAGGUGCUGAGCUCGGAAGGCCAAACAAACGGCCACGUCGCGAUAGAUGUCCAGCCGGCGGCGCCGACCGCGGUGGCACCACCGGGACAGGCAACAAGCUCCUCCUGCCUCCUCGGCGUGACCAGCAACGGCAACACGGCGCUGCACCUCGCCGCCAGCCGCGGCCACGCCGAGCUCGCGGCGCUCCUCUGCGAGAAGGCGCCCUCGCUCGUCGCCACGCGCAACCGGGGCCUCGACACGCCGCUGCACUGCGCGGCGAAGGCCGGCCACCGGGAGGUUGCGGCCUGCCUCCUGUCGGCGAUGCGCGCCGGCGGAGAGGAGGCGGCGGCGGCGCUGCGUGCGAGGAACUGCCUGGGCGCCACCGCGCUGUACGAAGCGGUCCGGCACCGCCGCGUCGGGUUGGUGGACCUGCUGAUGACGGAGGCUCCCGAGCUAUCCUCGCUCGCAGCUGAAGACGGCUUCUCGCCAUUGUACUUGGCAGCGUCGAUUGACUCGCUGCAGAUGGUUCAGAGGAUUGUACGGCCGUCGUUGGACGGAACGCCGUCACCCGCGUCGUACUCUGGCCCGAAGGGACGGACUGCUUUGCAUUCUGCGGUGAUCGCUAUCAGAGAAAUCGCUCAAGAAAUGACUCGAGAAAUUCUGAAGUGGGAGCCUGAAGGUCCAACGUUGCUUACCAAAGUUGAUUCGUCAGGGAGAACGCCUCUUCAUUUGGCAAUAAUCUAUGAGCAACUAGACGUCAUUGGCCUGCUCCUAGAUGUUCCUACAUCUGACAAGCAAGCUCGCACUUCGGAUCACCGUGGCUUAUUUCCGAUACAUACUGCUGCUAUGGUCGGCAGUACAAGAAUUAUUGACAAGCUCGUAGAGAAAUGCCCCGACUACUGCGAAAUGGUUGAUGAUCAAGGAAGAAAUUUUCUUCAUUGUGCCAUCGAACAUAAUCAGGAAACAGUGGUUCGUCACAUCUGCCAAAAUUACACCUCAGCUGUGCUGUUAAACGCGAUGGAUUAUGAUGGAAAUACACCGUUUCAUUUAGCUGUGAAGUACAGAUUUCCACGGAUCGUCACUCUACUACUGCAGACUGUAAUUGUUGAAAUAGGCAUUACCAAUAAAGAUGGCCUUACUGCUCGAGAUCUUGGUCUUCGUGGACUAGUACGUGGUAGAUUGUACUUUCCUCUGGAUCCGCUUUGGAUUGUGGUUCAUUGUCUACGUUGGUCUGGAGCAAGUGUUGCCGACCCUUAUCUGCUUGUGGACAACGUACCUACUGGCGCUGAGGAAGAAACUUCCCAUGAAGAUUAUGACACUAAAAGCGGAACUAUUGGAUCCGUCCUGAUUGCCACUGUGGCAUUCGCUGCGGCUUUCACCGUGCCCGGCGGUUUCGUCGCCGAUGACCACCCGAAUGCUGGGACAGCAAUACUAGCAAGAAGGUUUGCAUUCAGAGCGUUCGUCGUAUCAGACACAAUGGCCUUCGUCUGCUCUGUUGUAGCAACGUCCUUCCUCAUAUUCGGUGGCGCGAGAGAAAUUCCACGCAACCGUCGUCGAACGUACAACCGUGCGGCACCUUUGUUGGUGUCGAUGGGAGCAGUGUCUAUGAUUACUGCAUUUGCCUUCGGGCUUGACCUCGUGCUUGGUAAUGCCAAUCCUGGUCUUGUUGUAUUUGUACACUUGGCGUGUUUGUUUACAGUGGUCCAAUCAUCUGCCGUCUGGGUUGCCACGGAUCUUGUUGGGCUGGUGACCGCAGUGCAUCGGCGAGCAGGAUGGAGAGGACUUUUCAACGUACGCCGGCGCCCUUCGGGACUGCGACAAUGGUUUCGUGCUUUGUCGGGAAGUCUUCUGUACAAAUAUCUAGUAUGGCCAUUGUUCCUUCUGCUCAUCACAGCCACCUUCAUCGUUGCCAUCGCGCUAAACAUUGCUUUGCCAAACUAUUGAGUGA